AUGGGUAAACACCGAUGGGGAGUCAUACUGGACGCAGGUUCGUCAGGGACUCGAGCGCACAUAUAUAAAUGGCGGCAUAGCGACUAUGCGAAGGAGAAGGCCUCGUCGAAAGAUUUGAAGAGCCUGCCGCAUCUCAAGACACACAAGAAAUGGACGAAAAAGAUACACCCCGGCAUUUCGACAUUCGGCGAGCGGCCAACAGAUGUCGGAGAAGACCACUUGAAAGAACUGCUCGACCAUGCUCUCGAUAUCGUACCGGCUGAUCAGGUCGCGGACACGCCUAUGUUUCUGAUGGCAACAGCUGGGAUGCGCCUGCUUCCUCCUAUACAACAAGUCGCACUUCUCCGCGAAGUCUGUACAUAUGCAAGAGCCAACACGAAGUUCUCGCUGCCCGAUUGCGACCUGCACAUUCAGAUUAUUCCUGGGGAGACAGAGGGUUUAUACGGCUGGAUCGCAGCAAACUACCUUGUUGGUGGCUUCGACACGCCCGAAGAACACGCUCAUGGAAAAGACCACCACACUUAUGGAUUUCUCGAUAUGGGCGGUGCUUCGGCACAAAUUGCAUUUGCACCCAAUGCAACGGAGGCACAGAAGCAUGCGGACGAUUUAAAACUAUUACGAAUGCGAACCCUGGAUGGAGUGGUGUCGGAAUAUAAAGUCUUUGUUGCGAGCUGGCUGGGAUUUGGCGUCAACCAAGCGAGACAGCGAUACGUAUCAGCAUUAGUUGACUCGGUGGACUCGAGCAAAUCCUUGGAAAUUCCGGAUCCAUGUAUUGUCACCGGACUGACAUUGUCGGUUGAUGGCGCCAUUCUGGACCCGGAUGCGGCGCGGCACGCUUCGAAGCCAUACUUAGCAGGUCAAGGAUCAUUCACCGAGUGUUUGAAGAAGACAUAUCCAUUGCUUGAAAAAGAUGCAGCAUGCGUAGACGAACCAUGUCUAAUUAACGGACAGCACGUACCAGCCAUCGACUUCGAUGUAAAUCACUUCAUUGGAGUCUCAGAAUACUGGCAUACAACGCAUGAAUUCUUUCAGUUGUCCCACAAUGAGGAGAGUUAUGAUUUUACAAAAUUUCAAAGCCGAGUACGAGAGUUUUGUAAUUUGGACUGGGAUGAAAUCGAGCGAGGCGUCGAUACAAAAAGGUGGGGGAAGAAAGUGGAUGAGAAAGCCGCCUUGGAAAUAUGCUUUAAAGCAUCUUGGUUAACCAGCAUCCUGCACGAAGGCAUCGGCAUACCACGGCUUGGCGUUGAUGGGGUCCCAAAGGGCGUCAAUGGAACAAACGACGCUGUCCGGAAUACAAACGAAACUGGUUAUUUGGAUCCGUUCCAGGCCGUGGACAAAAUUGAUGGUACAGAAGUCAGUUGGACUUUGGGAAAGAUGGUACUCUAUGCUGCCGGCCAGAUAGAACCCCAAGGAAAGGAUCUUCCCGUCGGCUUCGGAUCCAACGUACCGUCUGGUAUCCCAAGUGACUUCCAGCGGGCAGGGUCAACAUACACACCAUGGAAGGGCGGGGACGAUGAUGAUGAUUGGGAUGACAUAAUACAAUCAAAGCCGUCAACCGGUCUGUUCAUUAUGAUCUUCAUACUUGGCUUCCUUUUCUACAUAUUCCGCAAGAAAGAUCGCCGAUCGAGAGUCUACGGAAAGAUCUCCUCGGCCAUACGCCGUAGCAGAAAUAAGAAAGGCGGGCGCAGCUUCUUCAAUACCAGCAAAUUGUUCGGCCGCAAGUCUGGCUACUACGAAAGGGUCCUCGAAGAAGGGGAUGGGGUCAAUGACUUUGAAUUAGCCGACGUGGACUCCGACGAUAGCAAUGAGGCAUCUGAUAGCAGCGAAGGCAGCAGCGGCGCGCGCGCAUCCGGCUUGGCAACCCCUAAACUCCACGUCGUCAACUACGGAGAUGGAAACUUUUUCAGCCCCGUUGGUACUCAUGGCUUUCAUGCCGAUGGCAGCUUAACGUCGAAUCAUUUACUACCCAAUGCUAUGGACAGGAGCGGCUUGGUUGUGAGAACUGAGUCAAGAGAGAGAUUAGCGCCAAGCUUGACAAGCGUGGGAUCAGGAAGGAGCAGGAGUAGGGCUGGGAGUCCGACGAGAAAAAGCCCCUUAAUGAGCCCCGUGGACGAGGAUUGA